ACUCUAGAAAGUACACAGCUGGUAUUAAUGGGAUGGAAGAAAGAUUUUAACCAACACAAACUGAUGCCCAUAUUUAACCUCUACGUAUCAUUUUAACCUUGUCACAACAAACCAUUAUUUACUUAUUUACUGUCCCAUCGGCAUCAGAGCCAGACCCUUUGAGAUCCAGAGUUCGGACACUCCCGUAGGCUUCAAUAGAAAGGAUGGAAGUAAUGUCGGCCAUGGAGCUUCGGAUAGUUCCACACCGAGCCCUAAGCGAAGGCUGGAGUGGUAAGUUUGCUGAAUCCACCUGAGCCUUGUGUGUGUCCUAUUCUUCCGAUGGGUUUCCUAUUAAAAUUACACCAGCCUUCAAGGGUUGAAGGUGAGCGAGCACUUUGCCUCUUUUACUGGCUUGUUAACACCUUUAACUUUCUACAAGCAGAGCGUGAUGUCAUCCCUCUGUACACAUUCUGUAGAAGGGCAGCAGGCGUAAUCUCUUUCCCCUCUCCAUUAGACAAGCACUGCUUAAACUGCAUGACGCUCCAUGCACCCCCUGGCCACUUCCCUCUCGCCCAGAACACAGAAAAGAAACAAAAAAAAAAAAUAUAUAUAUAUCAAAAACACAUAGUUUACCUCUCUAACAGAGAAGAGACACUGACAACCAAUUGUGGUUGAGCUCUUGAUCCUACGAUGACGCGUUAAUCCCUCUUGUUCAAACAGGUUAGGAUGAAAACUGGUAAUCGCAGGUCAGAGUUUACGCCCGUUUUGUUUCAAAUGAAAUCCUUACAAGAAAUCCGUAGGAGAUGCAGCGAGACACGUCCCAUCACCUCAUUGCUCCACCGCGCUCCAGCUGUCAGUAAUUCUGUUUUAAAAUCUGAACUUACAUCUAAACUAGAACUAUUUUCAUUUGAGUUAGGCGGAACUUCGGUCUUGGGCUGUAAACCCACAUGAACACAUAAAUGGCGUUUGUGUGGAUAGUAACAAUGUUUUCAAGGAUAUCUGGAGUACAAAUCAAUCUGCCGGCUAGUUGUUGCUUAGGUUUUUUUAAGGGUUUGGGUAUGUCUCAAAUCGGUGCAGUUGUUGGAUAUCCUUACAUAAAAUCUCUACUACUAACAAAAUACCUGCUGAUCUCUGUAAUUUCUAUCUGACUAGUAAUAAUACUUUUUGUACUGGGAUACAUUAUUGCUUUGUAAAAUGGGGAUACAACAAAGAAGCCAUGGAACUGUCGACUAACUCUUUACCCUUGCUAGGGUGAUGGAGGGGUCAUGGUGUUUUGUGGAUUUGGAGAAGCCUUAUGACCGUGUCCCCAGACGCACCCUGUGGGGGGGGCGCUCCAGGAGUAUGGGGUGGAUUGUCUUUUGCUCAGGGCCCUUCAGUCCCUGUACCACAGGAGAGUGAGUUUGGUCCGCAUAGCCGGCAGUAAGUCGGACCUGUUCCCAGUGAGGGUUGGACCCCACCAGGGCUGCCCGUCGUCACCGGUCCUGUUCAUAACGUUUAUGGACAGGAUUUCUAGGCGCAGCCGUGGUGUUGAGGGUGUGGAGUUUGGUGGCAGGAGAAUCUCAUCUCUGCUUUGUGUGGAUGAUGUGGUCCUUCUAGCUUCAUCAGGCUCUGACCUUCAGCUCUUGCUGGGGAGGUAGGGCUGUCGCAAUAAUCGCAAGAACAAUAUAUCGCGAUAUUAAGAAACCCACCGUGCUGCAUGACGUGCCACCGCAAUUACUGCACUUGAUUAAAUCUCGCGACAGCGCAUGCUGAGAGGUAAAGUCCGCGCUGAUCGAGGAGAUAGUAGGGCAUUUUUUUUAUUUCUGUUAGAUGUUGCUGCCAAAUUUGCAUUUCAAAGUUAAACCUCCUGAAUGUUGUUUUUAAGUUCAGUCAGAGAAUGCCGUUACUGCCCUUCGAUCUGCAUUCAGUAAAGUGUUAAAAACGGCCAUGUAGUUUUCUAACAUGUUUUAAAUGUGUAAGCACAAUGUUUCAAAGGAAAUAUUGCCAAGAGUUUAGUAAUUAACAAACGAAUUUGCUAAGUAAAUAAAUAAAAACGGGGUGCAAUAAUAUCGCAUACCGCAAUACUGAGCUGCCCUGACUCGCCGCAGGGGGAAUUCCUCAAUCGCGACAGCCCUAUGGGGAGGUUCAUAGUCGUGAAGCGGCUGGGAUGAGGAUCAGCACCUCCAAGUCUGAGACCAUGUUCUCGACCAGAAAUGGGCGGCUUGCCAACUCCAGGUUGGGAGAAAGGUCGUGCCUCAAGUGGAGGAGUUCAAGUAUCUCAGGGUCUUGUUCACGAGUGAGGGAAGGAGGGAGCAGGAGAUCGACAGGUGGAUUGGGGCAGCAUCUGCAGUGAUGCGGAUGCUGAACUGGUCUGUUGUGGUGAAGAAGGAGCUGAGCUGGAAAGCAAGGCUCUGGAUUUACCAGUCGAGCUACCGCCCAGUCCUCACCUAUGGUCAUGAGCUUUGGGUAAUGACUAAAUGAACAAGAUGGCGGAUACAAGCGGCCAAAAUGAGUUUUCUCUGCAGGGUGGCUGGGCUCAGCCUUAGGGAUAGGGUGUGGAGAUCAGACAUUCAGGAGAGACUCGGAGUAGAGCCGCUACUCCUCCAUAUCAAGAGGAGUCAAUUGAGGUGGUUUGGUUAUCUUGUUGGGAUGCCUCCUGGACGCCUCCCCAGGGAGGUGUUUCAGGCAUGUCCUGCCAGCAGGAGGUCCCCUGCUCGACCCAAGACACGUUGGAGAAAGUACAUCUCUGAUCUGGCCCAGGAACGCCUUGGGGUCCUGCCGGAGGACCUGGUGGAGGUGACCGGGGAGAGGACGGUCUGGAACUCCCUAUUUGGGAUGCUGCCCAUGCACGAUUCAUUUUCAUGCUGGAUGCUGUUGAGUAAACUUCUGUCCGUAGCACAGAGCUGCCGAUCAGUGUGGGAACGGGAAAAGAAAAUAUCAGUGUGUGUGUGUGUGUGUGUGUGUGUGUGUGUGUGUUUGGCACAAGAUUAUGAGGACACAGCAAAUUAAUAAAAUAAAGUGGUUUAGAGUCUCCAAACUCUGUUUUCAGAGACCAUCUUCCAUGUAGCUCUACAACCUCUGGUCACUUUGCUUCCUUUGAACUGCAGCUGAUUAAAGUCGGGCGUAAGGACCCGUUCUACUGUGCUGUGGUCUAUCGUCCACCUGGUCCAAACGGUUCUUUCCUUCAGGAGUUUAGUGACUUUCUAUCCUCCACUGUGAAGCUGUCCAGACUGGUGAUUGUUGGUGACUUUAACAUCCACGUUGAUGAUCCCUCCGAUCUCUUUGCCAUGAAUUUCUCCAGCCUUAUGGACUCCUUCAGCUUUACCCAGCAUGCUUCUGGCCCCACACACACCAGGGGGCACACUCUAGACCUUGUUUUUACCCUGAGUCUAAAUGCUGACAGUGUUUGUCCUGAGGACGUUUAUUUUUCAGAUCACCAUUGCAUUUUCUUUAACUUGUCAGUUUCUGCGUCCCCACCUCCUGCUCGCCGUAUGGUUAGUUCUCGUUUUCUUAAUGAGAGCACAGCUAGCAAUUUUUCUGCUGCCUUUGAUCCACCCUGUUCUUCUGAUAACGACCCAGAUUCCUUAACUUCUCAGUUUAACGAGCACUGCCUCUCCAUUCUGGACAACAUCUGUCCUGUCAGAACCAGAUCAGUUCCUGCAGUGAACCCUACUCCCUGGUUUAAGGACAGCCUUCGCAGCCUGAAGCGCCAAUGCAGAAAAAUUGAGCGUUUGUGGAAGAAGACCCAUCUCCACGUCCAUCUGCUGCACCUAAAGGAUCUUCUGACAUCCUUUAACUCUGCAGUCAGAGACGCUAGGGUUUCCUAUUUCUCCAACCUGGUGUCCCAGAGCAAAGGGAACCCCAAGGUGCUGUUUAACACCAUCAGCAGCAUCGUCUCUCCUGCCUCUCCUACAGCCUCCAUCCACUCUGUUGCAGACUGUGAGAACUUUCUGUCUUUCUUUGUGGACAAAGUCAAUAAGGUUAGAUCUAGCAUCUCUCCUUCAGCCUUAUCGCCGCCUCUCCCGACUCCAACCAGGCCCAUCAUCCUAGAUAGCUUUGCUCCUGUUUCUUUGCCUGAGUUAACCAAACUAGUUAACUCUAUGAAGACCUCUGCAUGCCCCCUCCACAUCUUACCCUCAUCUUUGUUUAAAAGUGCUUUUCAGUCCAUCGGUCCCAGCGUGCUCUCUAUAAUUAAUGCUUCUCUGGUCUCUGGUCAGGUCCCUGCUUACUUUAAGAACGCUGUAAUCCACCCGCUUCUUAAAAAACAGAGUCUCGACCCCUCUCUCCAUAGCAGCUUCAGACCCAUCUCUAAACUUCCGUUCAUCUCCAAGAUCUUGGAAAAGGUUGUGGCUAAACAACUCACAGCUGCUCUUGAUGAACAGAACAUCUAUGAUAGCUUCCAGUCAGGUUUUCGUAGAGCUCAUUCUACUGAAACAGCUCUUCUUAGGGUCUCUAAUGACCUUCUGACUCACAGUGAUGCAGGGGACGGUUCUGUUCUGGUCCUGCUGGACCUGACUGCAGCCUUUGACACUGUUGACCAUCACCUGCUGCUGGAGAGGCUGAGAGACUGGGUAGGCAUAUCAGGAUCUGCUCUGAGCGCUCCUUUUCUGUGGCCGUCUCCAAGUUUAGGUCCUCCACCACCUCUCUUACCCAUGGUGUCCCACAAGGUUCUGUGCUGGGGCCUCUGCUCUUCCUCCUCUAUCUGCUUCCUCUUCAGCACAUCCUGAGCUCCUUCAAAGGAAUCUCCUACCAUCUUUAUGCAGAUGACAUCCAACUGUACAUCUCCUUUAAGCCCCAUGAGAUGUCUAAGCUGCAGCUGUUACACACCUGCUUAGACUCUAUCAAAACCUGGAUGGUGGGAGCUUUCUUCAGCUGAAUGAAGAUAAGACUGAGAUCCUCAUCUGUGCCCCAGACAAGCUGGUUCCCAAAGUCAGAGACUCUCCUGGUCAGCUUGCUUCUCACACCAAACCUUCUGUCAGGAAUCUUAAGCCACCUCACUCAGGCAUCUGUGCAUGCCUAAACGGGGUUCUAUUCGCGUCAUUUGGCCCUUGCAGCUACGCACCGCUCCGGCCUGGCCGGCAGCCCGGGGCACCUGUGCACGUCCGAUGAACAGAAAUGUUGACCACCCCGACACCAGAAACCGCGAACGGUCUCGUCGUCUGCACCUCACCCUGACUCAGCAUCUCCUCUGAGCCCACCAUUAAAUACACAUCUCAUAACUAGGGGAUACACUAUCUUUACCACACUGGUGGUGUGAUGACACAGACCAAGUUUGAUGCUAUUCUGACCAUGUUGUGUAGCUGUUUUUCAAAAAAUGACACAUCAACCACAACGGCUGCUGUUGUUUGUCCAGCGCCACAAUGUCUGGUUGAUUUGCCAUCACCAUUUUGUCAGUCUGGAUCUGGAAGUCCCACAGGAGCUUGGCUCUCUUGUUCUCAACUAUCUUAGGGGGUGUUACCCACUUUGACCUGGGGGCUUCCAGUCCAUGCUCUGCACAGAUGUUCUUGCACAAAAGUUGUUCAAGGGCCGAAUUCUUUCCAGCAGACACUGUGAGGGCCAGAUGCUCUUCUAAAACAAAGUUGAAGUAUUGUUGUAUCUUCAUUUAUUGAUAUUUAAAAAUGCUUUGUUUUCCAUUUAAACUGUUUUGACAGUUUCAUUACCGAAUUACUGUAAAAUAAAAUGUAUCAUCGCUGUAAUAAAAUAUCUUUAGUGGAAUAAGAAACUUUUCCAUAGAAGACUCUUAUGUCCCUGCCUGGAUGUUAACCCAGGUCCCCGGCGUGUAACACCCAAAACACACCAGACGCGGAAGCGCAAAGUGCCGUGGAACGGCGCCCUUGAUAACCUACGCUGUCGGUCACAUCAGCUGUGAAGCGCCACGAAGGCUCGCGCCAUGCAGCAAUCAUUUUGGCAAGAGCUCUAAUUUUUUAGUGAAUUGCAUCAAUUCUGGAAGGACGUGAAACCAAAACAGAAGAGUCAGCCCUGUAAAUGCACAAAAUAAAGGAAAAAAUUCAAAAUAAUACACCGCGAUCGAUAAAUGUGAUCAUGUAUGUGUAUCUAAACAGACUAGAGGGAUUAAAGUGAACACACACACACACACACCUCGGGGAGGGGUGGGGGGUGUUGGAAAACAGCAGGCGUGAGCAGAAGCGCUCGUUGGAAAUUCUCUCUUGACGUGAACAGCGGAGGUGCGGACAGCGCAUGGAUUUCGUGAGAGAUCCACUUCGCGGCGCUUCACAGCUGGUGUGUUACGGGCGUAAGGCCUAACCAGUCCAGCAACCUCUGACAUGAACAGGAAGUCACCUGGUGGAAGUACACACAACUGAUUCACAGCAUGCUACAUGUUAAACUACACAUAACUAGUUGUAAAAAUAACAAUUAUACAUGUAGCUGUGGCCACCAGUAGAGGUUCACUGCUGCACACGACGCCAGCCACUUGGUUGUGACAUCCCACAUUACGCCCAGAACACACCCGCUGCGAAGUGGAUCGCUCACGAAUUUCCUGCGCUGUCCGCUACUCUGUUCACAUCAGGCGAGAAUUUCCAACGAGCACUUCUGCUCACGCCUACUGUCUUCCAACCACCCCCACCCCACCCUGUGUGUGUGUGUGUGUGUGUGUUCAUUUUCAUCUCUUUAGUCUGUUUAGAUACACAAAAAUGACCACAUUUAUCAAUCGUGGUGUUUUAUUCAGAACAUUUUAUUUUAUUUUGUAAAAUUUACCAGCCUGCCUUUUAUGUUUUGGUUUCACUUCCUGCCAGAAUUGAUGCGGCUCAUGAAAAAAAAUUAGAGCUCACGCCAAAAGGGUUGCUGCGCGGCGGGGGCCUUGGCGGCGGCGCUUCGACGUCUGGUGUGUUCCAGGCGUAAGCUUUCCCUGCCAGCAUCUUCAGCCUGCAGCUAUGUGGUGGAUUGUCUCAGACACCUCUUCUGCCUACACCUUGCUGAAGAUCGGGCAAAUGAGUGAUCUCCCAUCAGCCGACCUGGCUAAAAGGAAGGAGUGAGACAACCACAUCUCACCUGGAUUACUCAACACUCAGCUCUCCAGCCGUAACCAUUUAUAUCACCACCUGGACGACCUGCUCCCCUGCCCUCAGCUGGGACCAACACCGCCUGUGAAAACGUUUCUCUCCUGAGCUUCCUGGAUCUCUCUUUGGCCUGGUCCCUGCCCUCAGACCAGAUGUCCCUGCCCUCCCAAGCCUCCCUCUAGAUAUGGAAAGUGUAAGCUCCAGGUUAUUCCAUGUUCAUCACUGCUGGCCACAUUCUAACUUGUGUCUGCUUACAGAUGGCUUGUAGGGAUCAGCUAUGUGCUGCAUCUCUCACCUCCUUGUGACGGUGCUGCCUGUUCAUAAACCUGUAUGUUGGUAUUCUAACUCACCCGUGUCUGGAGCUGGUGAUUCUCUGUGUGUUGGGUCAAGAAACUAGCUUCAAACAUGACAGGAACUCAGUGACUGGACAAGCUGCCCUAGGUAAGAUUUCUACUACCUGACAGAAGACUGAGCUCCAGAUAUCAGAAUAAAAACCUGUUGUUCCUGCAGAUGGCAUCAGGUCAGUUUUCUCUCAAUAUUUAAGAUUGUUUAGAUUUCCAGUGAAGAAUAAAUGUUUUCAUGCCACGUGUGCUGGUUUUCCUUUAGAUCGUGGAUACUUGUCGUCUCCAGUGGGGCGGCGUACACUGUACUGGUAUUGUUAGAGCUGCUGUCUGUAAUGUGUAUUAUGUGUUUAAGCAGAGAAGUUGGAGUUUUCUCACCAUUUUUCUGCUCCUCAGUCAGAUUCUCUACCUGUGGGGUAAAAACAGCCAGUGAUUCCUGCCCCUGUGCUUUCCACACAAACCUUUACCACCAUGGCUGAAGGGGCACCUCCGUCCUGUUCUGUUUCUAGUUUAGCUGCUCUGUAACGUGAGCCUGCUCGCUCCACUUUCUAUUCUUGUUGGGAUCUGGAGAGCUCAGCUGUCUGCCCAGCUGUUCAUUGUCUGGCAGAAACACCACCUAAUCUGACCAAAUUCAGCUGCUCUCCCCGUGUUUUACAGCCAUGUGUGACUGAAAUAAUUAUUAUUUAAGGGUUUAACCUUCAGCCAUGAAUGGCCCGUUCCAGUCAGAACUGUAAGAGGAACUGGAACAAAUGCCCCAUUUAGACACUGACAGUGUUUUUACGUAGAGCCUUUGUUGUGAAAAGUUCAGAGCACAUAUUUAUUACAUUUAGAAAGAACUAAAAAUAAAAUAUUUUUACUUUCUGUAGAUUUAAAUUGAAGAUUAAUGAUCGUUUGAUUUAAACAGACUCACCUGUUAGAUCAGCUGCAAUGAUUAUAUCGUCUUUAGAUGUUUCGUAACCCUCACAAAGCUCACAACAAAAGUUUGUCCUCUACUGAAAGUGAACUUAAGUCAGGAGAGGAAGUAGCUACUCACCGCU